AAUUGCAUGGCUGCCCACGAGGCGCGCGGUCCGCGCGCGCGACUGCCGAACGAUUCAGCCGACGCCGCCGGGUGGAAGCAUUUAGCGAAAACAUCUGCUUUUUCGCCUCCCUGAAGCUCAAGAGCGAAAGGAAUAGGCCCAGCGGCCCAGUCUGUUCACACGAGUCCAUAAAUUCAGAAUGCAGAACCGCAGAAACCCCACUCCUCCCACUCGCCACUCCAUGCAGCGGCGGCGCUGCUCCACAACUUCCCCGCAAAUCCCUCGACGGAAACCCUAAUCCGGCGCCGCGACCGCGGCCCAACCCCCUCACGAUGAGCCUCCCUCCGGCGCAGCUCGGCCGCCACUCACCGCCGGCGCUGGACGACGACGCCAUGAGCGAGAUAUUCCUGCGCAUCCCGCCGGACGACCCCAAGAGCCUCGUCCGCGCCGCCGCCGUCUGCGCGAGCUGGCGCCGCAUCCUCUCCGACGCCGCCUUCGCCCGCGGGUACCGCGCCUUCCACGGGGCGCCGCCCAUGCUGGGCUUCCUCCACAACGAGAGCCACGAGAGGUCGUGGGGCAGGGGGAUGCGCAGGCACCACGAGGAGUGUCUGGUCUCCAACUUCGAUUUUUUGUCAAAAAAGACCCCGGCUGCCAUGCCUCAAGCGCUGCAUGCUGCCACGCACAGCUGCAUGCUACCAUGCACAGCAGCCCGCCUGCCGCCUGGAGUGGUGGCGGCAGGUGCCACCUGUUCGGCCGGCCGCCUCGCCGGGUGGCGACGGGACCCAGCUGCCUCGGUCCGUGGCGGCAGACAAAAAUUCUUCAACUUCGUCUCCACAGCGUCCUUCCGCCCGCCGGCGUGCCACGAGCGCCGCGACUGGCCCGUCCUCGACUCCCGGCACGGCCUCGUCCUCUUCCGCACCCCUAAAAGGGACGAGGACUUCGUCGUCUGCGACCUCGUCACAUACGACCGGUGGGGAAUCGUUGCCGAUCCCGAGUGCGCGGAAAUCACCUGGAACUGGGACGGGAAGGAGGGGGAGGAGGGAGUAAGCUGGAAUGCUGCAGUGCUCUGUGCCAAGGAUCCAUGCGACCAUCUCUACUGCCAUGGCGGCCCUUUCCUUGUUGCCAUCGUCGGCUCCAACGAGGGACUGGUGGUCACAUUCGCCUCGGUCUACUCGUCGGCGACUGAGGAGUGGAGCGACAUGAUCUCCCUCGAUGAACCGAAUGUCUUCAUCGAGAUGACCGAGCACAAUGCAGUUGUGGGAAACAAGUCCUACUUCCCCUGUGAGGGGAUCGGUAGUGUCGUGGAGUACGACAUGGGUGAGCAGAAACUGUCGGUGUUAGAUGUAGAUGCCUGGAUAGAUGUGCCGUUUGGCGGACUCCACAUAUGGUCAGUGGAGGUCCGCCCUGAUACAACUACGGCUUUGGCGCGGCGCAGGAUCAUUGAGCUCGCACCAAAGGUCUCUGCUUACGCCUUAUCGGACGUGUCGGUGGUUGGUUUUGCAGAAGGUGUUGGUGUCAUCUUCCUGAAUACAAAGGAUGGGUUGUACACAAUUGACCUCAGAUCAGGCCGAAUCAAGAACAUACACAGAGAGCCAAUCCUUGGAAAAAUCAUGCCAUACAUGAGCUUCUACACUAGAGAAUGGGGGCGGUUGCCGACCUCUGACUAAGAUUCUCGCGCGAUUGUUGGCGCUGCAGCGAUAUAAUCAAAUGGCGUCAAGAUGAUCAGUCUGUUUACUUUUGCUGCCUGGGAAGAAUUUGAAGUGAACUUGGGUGUCUUCUGUUGCUGGUUCUGUUUGGACAGUUUAGUUAGAAUGGAUGCACUUUUGGCAUGUGUGCUUGUGCCAAAACUUGAGUCUGUUCGUCCGAGUUGCGUGUGUCGCGUUGUGUCUGUAACCCCAGUAGGGAUGCUUCACCUAACAAUGUAAGGAAGCAGUACUAGUGCAUGAA